CCCUUCCCCGCCCUCCGGGGUGAAAAGCGCGGACUAGGGUAGGGGUCGGCUGUCUGCAGACAGGAGCUGUGCAGGUCGGGGUGACCAUGGCUGCGCGUCGGAUCACCCUCGGCAUUGACCUGGGCACUACCUCUGUGAAGGCAGCUCUGCUGGGGGCCGCGCCCGACGAUCCAUCCGGGUUCGAGGUGCUGGCGAGCUGUGCCCGCGCUGCGCAGGCAGAGGCGGCGGCCGAGAGCGUGGUGGCCGGGCCCCAGGGGCGGGAACAGGAUGUGAGUAGAAUCCUCCGAGCCUUAAACGAGUGCCUCGCUGCCCUUCCCCGGCAGCUGCUGCGGAGCGUUGUGGGCAUCGGGGUGUCGGGCCAGAUGCAUGGAGUCGUGUUUUGGAAAACAGGCCAAGGCUGUGAAUGGACCGAGGGAGGGAUCAGCCCUGUGUUGGCGCCCCGAGCUGUUAGCCACCUUGUCACCUGGCAGGAUGGCCGCUGUAGCAGCGAGUUCCUGGCCUCUCUGCCCCAGCCCAAGUCUCAUCUCAGUGUGGCCACGGGCUUUGGCUGUGCAACCAUCUUCUGGCUUUUGAAGAAUUGCCCAGAGUUCCUGAAGCCCUACGAUGCAGCUGGGACCAUCCACGACUAUGUGGUUGCCAUGCUUUGUGGCUUGCCAAGACCCCUGAUGUCCGACCAGAAUGCUGCCAGCUGGGGCUAUUUCAACACCCAGAGCCAAAGCUGGAACGUGGAGAUACUGAGGAGCUCGGGUUUUCCUGUCCACCUGCUCCCAGACGUCGCCGAGCCUGGCAGUGUGGCAGGCAGAACUUCCCGCGUGUGGUUUGAAAUCCCAAAGGGGACGCAGGUGGGCGUGGCCUUGGGUGAUUUACAGGCCUCUGUCUAUUCCUGCAUGGCCCAGAGGACAGAUGCAGUUCUCAACAUCAGCACCUCGGUUCAGCUGGCAGCCUCCAUGCCUUCGGGAUUCCAGCCCGCACAGACUCCGGACCCUGCGGCCCCGGUGGCCUACUUCCCAUACUUCGACGGGACCUACCUGGGGGUGGCCGCAUCCCUCAAUGGGGGCAACGUGCUGGCCAUGUUUGUCCACAUGCUGGUUCAGUGGACGGCAGAUCUAGGCCUGGAGGUGGAAGAAUCCACAGUGUAUUCCCGCAUCAUCCAGGCAGCCGUGCAGCAGACAGACACCCACCUGACCAUCACCCCAACAGUGCUGGGGGAGAGGCACUUGCCGGACCAGCUGGCCUCAGUGACCAGAAUCUCCCCUGACCUCUCCCUGGGGCACGUGGCCCGGGCCCUGUGCCGAGGCAUCGUUCAUAAUCUGCUGUCCAUGCUUCCCGUGCGGCAGCUGCAGGAGUGGGGCGUGCAGCGUGUGGUGGGUAGUGGGAGUGCGCUGUCCAGGAACGAAGUGCUGAAGCAGGAGGUGCAGAGGGCUUUCCCUUUGCCCGUGUCCUUUGGGCAGGAUGUGGAUGCAGCUGUCGGGGCAGCUCUGGUCAUGCUCCGGGGAAACAGCCAGAAGGAAUCUUAGACAGCAAAUGCUUUUACCAAAGGACUGCUGCGAAUUUUACCUGAUUCACAUUCCUGACGCCCUUUGGGGGUCAUCCUUUCCCUGAAGAAGUCAGUGGACAGCUUGUUGUCCCAUCUUGACCAAGAACAUACCUUCAGGAUGUACUCUAAUAAUGCAGCCAGCAGCCAUCAGCCAGAUCCCAAAUUAGUGCCUUCCGAAAGAGACCCACUGGGAGCUACUUACAGAUGUCAGUGUGGGAGAGAGAGCGUGAGAGCACAGCAGCCAGCCUCCUCAGCAGCAGGCUCAUCUGUGGCUCACCUGCAGACACAGAACACAUAAAGUGUACUUCAGACACCAGAAAGUCUCGUGGCUGUGGCCCCAAGUGAGAAUAGACCUGCCCCAUGCCCCGCUUUGGAUGAUUGUUUUUGGAGGCCUGAAGUCACAUGCACUUCUGGAAAAGUGCUUCUCUCCUGGAAUGCCACGUGACCGGAGGCCCCUUUCCUAGUCUCAUCCUCCCCUGGCCGCAGAUGCUUAGCAAGGGCAGGGAGUGAGCCAGGCGUGAUGCAGCAGCUGGCUCAGAGGACAGUGCGGGGCUGUGUGCUGGGCUGGAAAGCCUGCCGCCCCUGCGCUGCCCAGGUUUUCACAGCACAACUGUCAGGAAGGUGGGUUGCAGAGAAGGCGAGGCGGAUGGCACAAGCAGCAGGGGUCACCGAAGCUGUCAGGCCCACAGCGCUCCGGGAGCCUGAUGAGGCACCAGCAGGACCACUUUCCAGGAGCGUGGCCGUGCAGUGUGCUUUUGCUCCUGCCUGCUCCAGAAGCCUUCACAGGAAGGGAUGCAGCCAGGCAGACUCCCACCAGAUGGGGCAGGUGCUUUAUCCAAAGAGAACCCUGUAUCCCAUAGGCCUAGGCUCUCCCCUUGGUGUGGGCUUUGCAGGCCCACUGUGUGUUCCUGGCUCAGCAGAAACAUCCACAUGAGUCAGCAUUCCUCUAGGGUCCCAGAGCAGCGUUAGCCUUCCUGUGAUUGGCAGGGAUGGCUGUGGGGUAGCUUCCAGGAGGCCACCUUCACUGUGUCUACUCCCAGACCACCAAAGGAGCCCAGGCUCAGGCAGGCCUGGCCCAGAGGCACCUAGGCAACCAUGAAUUUGGGAAACAGUCAUAUUCCCUCUCUCUUUCUCUCUCACUAUCCAUCACAGGUAUGAAACAUACUGUCUUUUUAUAAGUGUCAUUUUAUAAAUUAUGUGAUCAUCUGGAAGCUCUGAGGUGAGGGCAAAUGCCUGAUCAUGCUGACUGAAUGUCAGAUAUUAAAGUCCAUUCUUGGCUGGGCGAGGUGGCACCUGCCUGUAAUCCUAGCACUUUGGGAGGCUGA